CGUUAACUCACUUCACUUUUCACAUUGGUAGUUGAGGCCAAACGCCCCAAUCAACGUUAGUUACGUUACUUUACUUUUUCAACCGGUUUCUCUUAAGUUUCUUCAGCUUAAUUCUUCGUUUCAUAACAAGGGACAAAUAGAUUCACUCACAGAAACAAACAACCAUAUGGCCAAGUUUUGGACUUUGAUCACACAGCUUCAUUCCCUAGCUGGGCCGAUUUUGACGUUAUUGUACCCUUUGUAUGCAUCGGUGGUAGCGAUAGAGAGCCCAUCCAAAUUGGAUGAUGAGCAAUGGCUAGCAUAUUGGAUCAUCUAUUCGUUCCUGACCCUUGCGGAAAUGGUUCUUCAACCCAUUUUAGAGUGGGUACCUAUUUGGUACGAUGUGAAGCUAUUGGUGGUAGCAUGGCUGGUUUUGCCGCAGUUCAAAGGUGCUGCUUACUUGUAUGAAAGGUUCGUGAGAGAGCACAUAAGGAAAUAUGUAACGGAGAGGGAGCACCAUCAGGUCCACCACAAGGACCAUAACAAGCAAUUACACGACAAAAAGUCACCCAAUGGAGGCAAGGCCAAGAAGAAGUUCGUUGAUUUUAUCAUACCCAACAAAGAACAGCUGGGGGAUCAGGAGGCGUAUUGAAUUGUUGGGAAGGACGGUGGUGAUCUUUGGUCUUUGUAACAUCUCCACUUCUAAUUUGGUUAUAUGUAAUAUGUGUGUUUCGCUUUUGAAUUUGCCCUCAUGUCUCCCAUUUGUAUGAUUGUAUCCACCCUCUUGUUGCAUCACUUUCUCAUAUCGUGUAUGUAAAGUGAUUUCUUUUUUGAGUCACCUUUCACUUACGUGCUGUAAUUUCAACUUAGCCCAACACGAAAGUAAAACCAAAUUCCUUUCUCAGGAUGUAUCUCAAAAGUCAAAUCUCAGUAUUUUUAUUCU